ACUGCCACCGGACGGUUGUGUAUGGAAAGAGCAGGAAACGUGCCCGGCGACUCUCACACACACUAUCUCUCUUUCUCUCAUGAUCACACACACACACACACACACACACACACACACACAGACACACACACACACAGGCGCACAGCCAUGCAGACAGCUGAAUCCCGGAGCAGCAUCAGCAGCACAUAGAGGCAGACAUGUGAACAUGGAUUAGAAAAGAAUGUCAACAUGUUCCCGGGAGUUCUCUAUGCACUGCUGGCGGGUUUCCUCGGGGCUGUGGCGUCGUCGUCGGCCAAGCUUUCCCUCGGAGCCGACUAUCUGAAGGGGGUCUGUGAAACCGGACUCCGGACAUGGGGAGAGCAGCGGAGAUUUCGACAACCGGACGAAACUACCGCCUGUGACCGGCUUCACAUCCCUCUGAGGCUGCUGUGUGGCGGACUGCUUUUCACCUGCAAUGCUGUGAUGUGGACCUUUCUUGCCAAAGCACUCAGGUAUUCCUCUUCCUCCACCCGAACCACUGUGACCACCACCGCCUCCAACUUUAUAUCUUCCGCUUUCCUGGGGCAGCUUAUCUUUGGUGAAGCCCAGAUAACAUUGUGGUGGGUUGGGAUCUCCUUGACCUUCUCUGGUCUGUUGGUUCUGCAGAGAGUUUCACCGCAGGAUGGACAUCAGAACACAGCCGCUAAGGACGACUAGUAUGGUCUGGUCUCCACUAGCUCAGCACAGCCUGACUCCUGCUAGCUGCAGGAUGUGAUGAGGUUUGGUCGGCAUCUCCUUCGAUUUGAACACCUAGCCUAAGAAUUGACAAAUCUCAAAAGUACACAUGAUGGAUUUUGUUUAUUAAUAACAAGCAAUCAUUUAUUGAUUAAAUCUUGAUUUCUGCACUAACAGAAACAGGAACAUCCAUCAGUUGAUUUUUUCUCUCAACAGAUUGCUUCCUGAUUGACUUAAUUCCUCGUAUAUUUUGUGAAAAGACAAAAUUUUAUUUUAAAAUCAGAGACUAUUCUCCAGGUUGUAGAUUUGGGACAGGCUGGUUCAGCUGUGGCGCAGCAUUGUCUAAGCGUCUUCUAAACUCAGAGGAGAUGCUGGCCUUCAGCUCCUCUGACCAUGGUGCAGCUUCAGUCUGGUUAGUGGAGACUAGAAACUAAUGGAGGCCCAGAAGCACUUAACUUAUCACUGGCCACAGGCGAACAACAACGCAAAAACAAUACUAGCUUUACGUUACAUUUUAGAGGGAAUCUUUCAUUCAACAACAUCACAACAACUCUUGAGCUAAUAGAAAAGAUGUGGGGCAAGGAAAAGGGGUUAAUGGAAUAAUUCAACAUUUUGGGAAAAAUGCACAUUAGCGUGUCAGCAGAGAGGUAGAUUAGAAGAUUGAUACAACUCUCUUAUCGGUACGUUAAAUUUAAAGCUGGAAAGCUUAGCUAGGACGAAAUUAGUGGAGGAGGAACACAGCUGGCAUGUCUUGAUCAGGAGGUAACACUUCUUUUUAAACAAGCUAAAGACCGGCCGUUUAACCUUUAGAACCGUUCCUUCUGUCGAGUCAUUUGGCUAAGCUAAGUCUGUUGGCUAGCUGAUAGUGACUGGUUAGCCAAAUGAAUGGAGGAAGGAAACGUGCUAGAUAUCCUAGUAUAUAGCCUUUUCUUUUUGAUUAGCAUUCUGUCUGUUGGCUGAAGCAUUGUAUUUAAUCAACAGACAUCCGAUUGGUUUUUCAUGUUCUCAUCUAACACUCAGCAAAUGACGAAAAGUGCAUUGCUCAAAAUGUUGAAUGUUUCCUUUAAUGGGACAGACUGAUAGCAUUAUCUCUAAUAAGAGGACCUGUUUGCAUAUUCACGCACUGAUCCCAAGUCAGUGGUUUAGGAUUUGUUCAUGAGCACCAUAUGCACGUCCACAUCAAUCAGCUUGUGCAUUAUGUAUUGCAGCCAUCAGAUCACCAAAGGUUUGUUAAUUCUCACAUUUCCUUAAGUUACAAAGACACUCACUGUAAAAAUCCUACACCGCAGCUACACUGACUUUGCAUUUAACGCAUGCACAUGAUAAUGCUAGAAAUGGAGCAUUGGCUAAUGAGGUGCAGUUCUAUUACACAAGUAAUGAUACACUCAAUGUAACGCUGAAAGGCUCUUCCCUGGUAAGAUCUUGCUGUCUGCCCGGGUCCUUCUUUUCUUUUUAAUUUGCCUUUCUUGACAGCCUGAGCCUUAACCUCAGUAUAUGAGCACGACAGAUGUUUGAAGAGGCAUCUUGUCUUCCAUUUCAUCACAGACGUGUGCAUGAUCUUACCGAGGCCUGAAAUCAAAUAUCUCACACCAAAGCUUCCAAAAAUGGUCAGUCCACAUCCGAGUUAUAUCCCUGCAGAGCUGUUUCAUAUUAUCAAAUGUUAAAAAGUGUGACUCAAGGGGCUCAACUGUCUCUCUCUAGCACAGAAGACACACAUUGUGUUGGGCUUCACGUGCCCUGAAGCCCAACACAAUGCAUUUGCAAUCUCAUAUUAUUCUGUUGCAUGUCAUGGAUAUCAGCCCAUCAUCCAUCAUCUCCAGAUUUCAUAAACGCCUGGCUCCUUUAAAAGCUUCCUUCUAGGUCCCUGGAGUUGUCAGUGAGAGUGCAGUAACAUUGCACCUCCUUUAAAUUUCAUAACACUGUGAUGUGUGUAACAAUAAGGGAGCUUUGAGAGUAAAUAAAUGAGCAUAAGAUAUGACAAUACAUGCUGCUAGAGGGGUGCGUCUGUUAGCAUAAAAAGUUAAGUUAGUGAACAGGGGUUUGCCUGGAUUCUUUAUCGAACAAUAUAUAAGAUCACACUUUGCUGUUUCUGGAUACAUAUCAUAAUAUGAAUGCAUAACGGUAGCUAUAAAACCUGUGUGUAAUAUCCCACGGCAGCAAUGCACAAAAAUGAUAGAUGUGCCUCUAACUGCUGCUAUGCAGGUUUUGUAUCAUGUUAUUUACAUGCAUCCCUAUAAAUGUGACUGCAGUGACAAUGUGAUUAUAAAGUUCUCAUGUUAAAAGUUGGCUGAGUGAUGUUUCAUAGCAACACUGUACUCACAGAGGAUGCCUCAGCAGUGGAGAUCACGCACAACCGAGCAACAACAGCAGCACCAGAUGUGAAUUCAGUUGUUGGUGCCUCCAUGUUUUGGGAUCCUGUGUUUUGCAUUUCUGAAAAGAAUGGUGUAGUUUUGGAGAAAUAACGCUCAUUGAAUUUGUGCCAAGAGUUGGAUUAGACAAUUGAUGCCACUCACAUAUCUGUACAGUAAAAUAUGUAGCUAGUGCUAGCAGCUGGUAGGCUAAAGGUACUGCUAACACUAUGGGUAAAAGCUAGCUUGGCUCUGUUGAAAGUCAAAACAUCCCAAUCAAGGAACUAAAAAACUCCCAAUUUCACAUGUUAUCAAAUGUUCAUAUUUAAAAUACAAGAUUAACUUGUGACCUAACUGAGGAAGUGUGAAGGAAGUAUUCCAGUGAAAGAAUCAGUCUUUGGGGAUAAAUGGGGGGAAAUAAAUAGUCAUCGACUUUCUGGACAGAAAUUAGAUGAAACGAUUGAUCCAAUUUCAUGUCUGUUGGAUUGAUGUGAAAUUGAUGUUAGCAGUGGGAUAGCUCUCUUCUUGGUCAGUUCGAGUGAUGUCAAGAUUCCUUUGAGAGCCUUCCAGACAAUUAGCAAGCAGUUUGUAUGAUAGAGAACCGUUCUUAUUCAUGAGCUGUAGUGUUGUGGACUUCACAUUUUGUUACCCUUUAGACAAUGUUCAAGGCCCUUGUUUCUAGUCCUUCUCCAAGCAAAGCUAAUAUCCUGCUAUGUCUUUAGGUUUGUUUUGACUGGACUGACAUGAAACAAACCUCAAGUGUUGUUUAAUUAAAAGUAGACUUUCUGUAUUGGUAGCAGUGGCUAGCAGGGACUAGCUAAGAAGUGGUCUAGUUUAUCACCCCUGUAAAACAUCACUAGACUGUUUUAACUCUAGACUUUUGGUAGAUAGAUAACUCAUGUUACAUGAUAUAGACUUUUCACAUGUUUCUUUAUGAACCUAAAGAAUCUUUUAUUAGCUGUUUUUGUUACUUUUGGCUAUUGGACUGUAUCCCUCCAUCAGAAUGUAUGCUAGGCUAAGCUAGCUGGCUGCUGGUUACAGCUUCCUUUUUAACGCACAGACAUCAGUAGAAGUAUAAGGAGUCUAAUCUAACUCUCAGCAUUUAAGUGAAUGAGCAUAUUUCCCCCAAAAAGUAAACUAUUCUUUAAUUCUACCUUACAUAUCUGUAUUCCUUGCUUUGGAUUUGCUGUUGAUUUUUUGGUGCCUCACUUUUCUUCUGCUAAAGGCAUGACACGAGGGUAAACCUUCUACCUGUGAAUCCACUCUCACUGUAAAAUAAGAAGUCAGAGCUUUGCAGUAGCCACGUUAAUAGCUCUGUGACAGCGGCAUGGCCUUGAGCGUGAUGUAUUUAUAUACCUGUGCACUGUAUCUGCAGAAGUGUACAGCGAGGUUAGAAGAAUACACCGAAACACGAUCUUGACUCGCCAAAGUAGUAUUAAUGUUCUGCACUGGAAAAAAACACAAGAGAAAAACAUUUUGCAGGACAUUUUAAGAAUCAUUACUUUUUUUGACCUUCUAAUGGAAAAGAGAUGUAGCAUUACACUUUGCUGGUGUAAUCAAUUGUCAUUCUAAUUUCAAGGAUCCUGCAAGA